AUGGCAGACUACGCAGACGCGCAAGCGUCACAAGCUGACCGCGAAAGGGGAAAAGAAAACACGACGCCGACCUCACCCCCUCCACCCCCGAUUCCUUCGGCAGACCCGAAAUUGUUUUGGCAAGCCCGGACACCGCCUCCGCUUCACGCCGCCCCGAGCCCGUCCUCACAUGACCUCUUCAAGCUACCCCCGAUUGCGGCCCUUAAGCUUCUAUGCGCUGGUGUCGAGGCUCUCGUUCGAAUAACAGGCGAUAUACCCCCAACGCCUCCUCCCGCGAGCCCAACUAUUCCUAAUAUGCGUGGUAUGCAGAGAGAGAAGGCAGAGAUCGUCCGUUCCCUAUCGGAAAAGAGCUUAACCCGCCUACGAGAGCAGGCUGAAGCCCAAGAUAAGGCUCGAGCUCAGAAGUUGGCUUUGGAUCAGACACCAUCUAAUCAACCCAUAGAUGGCGUCCACCUUAAACAAACGUCAUCUCCGCCGAAAAGCACCCUUGGACCAUACAUUAUUAUCGGCGAAAAUUCCCAGCCCCUGAACCAACAGCAUAGCGCCAUCACACGGAAAUUCUUCAGCAAAAAGCCACCACCAAUUAGUAUUGAAGAUUAUUUAUUUCGAAUACACCGAUUCUGCCCCAUGUCGACAGCUGUGUAUUUAGCAACAUCAUUUUACAUCUUUCGACUCGCUGUGGAAGAACGUGCGAUUCCUGUUACACGACGGAACUGCCACCGUCUACUCUUAGCCGGCUUGCGGGUAGCGAUGAAGGCGCUCGAGGAUCUAAGUUACCCGCACGCUAAGAUCGCACGGGUCGGCGGUGUGACCGAGGGUGAAUUGGCGAGGCUGGAGAUCAGCUUUUGCUUCCUGACAGGGUUCGAAUUGAUCAUCGGGGAGGAGGUUUUGAGGAAUCAUUGGGAAACGUUGAAGAAAGGCUAUGGUUUGGUGGCUGCCCAUGACGCCCUGUCAGAUGACGCAAUACCAGCCCUGAAACUAGAUGCGCCACCAAAGAAGGGAUGA